CAAACGCUAACUCCACUAGAAGACUGCACGGGAGGCACGCAAGCUUUGUCCAAACGUUCGGCUCCGGUGUCAAAUUUUACUUCCUUGUCUUUUGUGUCCUGCGUCAGCCCCGAGGGCAGGCGCGCGGGUAACUGACACCUGUUCAGGGGAGCGGUAUUCCAACAGGUUUUCAGUUUCGCAGUAGUUUGUCGUAAGAGUAGUUUGAGCGAGCAUGGCGUCUCAGGAAGGUGUCCCGAGUGCUUACAACCCGGAUUUGACCGUGAACUUCAAACCGUCCAAGUCUAACUCGGAGCGCGGUAAGGCGGCUGGCGAAACCGGGCUUCACCUGAAACUUCUCAAACUCUUUCUGUCCAUACUUUUGGGGCUGGUCGUACUGGCAAGUUUUACGCUGUCUCAACUUUCCGCGAUCUCGCUGGUAAAGUUUCUUCGCGAGGAAAAUGCCACGUGCGGGUCUUCGAAUUCCACGGACGUACUGAAAACUACCAGCCGGGACGUGACGAGUCUUAUGGUGGUGUACAUGUUGAUGAUACCUUACGGAGUGUCCUUUUUAAGAAGUGUGUGGAAUGGCGCCUUCCAGGACUCCAUACCCUGGCCACACUACAAAGCUAUUGGGCUGGGCGCACUCCUGAGCCUGUGCGAGGUGACCGGGCUGUGCCUGUUGACGGUCCGGGUCAUGCCGUCCGUCACCCCCGCCCUGAGCGUGGUCCUGUCCAACGGGAUUCUGCUCAUCCCCAUCUUCAGUCACAUCAUCAAGCAGACAAUCGGGCUGUGGAAGCAGAAAAAGAGACGACAGUGUGGCCGUAUUUGUCGUCUCGUGUUGUGGGUUGUCGGGGGGUUGACGUGUGGAGGACUAGUCGGUGUUUGGAGUUAUUUCAGAACGGAGGAGUAUGUAGUAGAAACGGUUGUCUCACUGAUGUUUCUCUCCGCUGCAUGGGCUCCGAAACUACAGGAGUAUCAGACUGAAAGCAACCGGUCGUCAAAACCAGAUCACACCAACAACUCGCGAUGGAAAGCAGGGAUUCUGAACAAUUUCUUCAAACUUGUUUUCGUCCUUGUGGUCCCUGAUGUCAUGAGGUAUGUUGGAGUACCGGAUGUGUGUUUCUGGGUUUGGACCCGCGCGGAGGUCUAUCAGCUCUUCACGAUUCGCCACCCGGCUACAAUCAGCUUUAUCCUCAAUGUUACCGCGAGCUUUGUGGGCUACAUCCUCGCCUGGACGGCUUGUGCUAUACGGAUGGGCUUCUUUGGAUUCGCUCUGCCUGCCUUUCUCAGCACCGUGGUUACAGCAAUUCUUAUUUUCAUCAAACCAAUCUGCACAUCUAUGAGCUUAAACUUCAUCAACGAAAACAUCUGCGUGGAUAAAUACUUGGCGUGGGACACAGGAACGUGUCUGGGGCUGCUGCUGAUCCAGUUCUUCUCGACCACGUUGUUCGUCAUGAGGAGCCCAACUAUCGUCAUGGAGCAGGAAGCACAGUUGUUCUGGCUGCCCGGGUACAACAGUGUGUUCCCGGCCCAGUGGAUGCUGCUGAGCCGUAAGAACAGGAACACGAAAGGAGAGGACUUCACCAUCAGACGGAAGACCAAGCAGAACACCCACGUCUAUAUCUGUACAACUAUGUACCACGAGCAGUGUACCCGGUAUAAGACACCCUACGGUCUGCAGCUCCAGUGGGACCUGCAGUACGGCAGUGGAGACACGGCUAGCGGGAUGCAAUUCACUGUCCACCUCAAGGACAAUGUUCUGGUGAAGAACAAGAAGCGGUGGAGUCAAGUGAUGUACAUGUCCUACACCUUGGACUAUGCAGCCUAUUUCCACCCCCUCGGCAUGGCGUCCGGAGUAAUCGCCGACACGGACAUCAAGGCCACGUCCCGGUACGGGAACGACCCGUCUCACGGCGGGCACCACGCCAGGCUGAACGCCGUGGGGAACGGGAGCGGCACCUGCGGCUGGACGGCUGAGGACUCCGAUAUACAUCAGCGUUUGCAGAUCUAUCUGGGAGAAGGCAUGGUGGUGACGGGAGUGGUGACUCAGGGGAAGCACGGGAGUGAGGAGUGGGUGACCGGGUAUCAUCUGUCCUACAGUCAGGACGGGAAGACAUGGGAAUUCUACAAGGACGAACAUGGCAGAAAUGUGAGGUUGGAAGGCAAUGUUGAUAGUGACACCCCCGUGCGACACAUUCUGGACUCUAAGAUCCAGGCAUCGUACAUCAGCUUCAACCCUGUGAGCUGGAACAACAGGAUCAGUAUGAGAGUAGAGUUGCUGGGGUAUUGUGCAGCUGAUUUGGACCGAGACAGCUACAUCUUGGCCACCGACGCGGACAUCAAGUUCUCCCCCCAGUCUGCUAAAGCUCUGAUGGAGAUCAUGUCUACAGACCCUAACGUGGGCGCCGUGUGCGCCCGGACCCACCCACUAGGGUCAGGACCCAUGGUCUGGUACCAGGUCUUCGACUACGCGGUUGGGCACUGGUUUCAAAAGGUGGCCAACAGUGUCCUGGGCACGGUUCUGUGUUGUCCCGGCUGUUUCAGUGUGUACAGAUGUAAGGCUGUGAGGGACACUCUGGCCACGUACGCCUCUACAGUCAGCAAAGGGGAGGAGUUUCUCACCAAAGAUAUGGGAGAGGACCGAUGGCUUUGUACACUCAUGGUAGAGAAGGGCUGGCGACUGGAGUACACGGCUGUGUCCGAGGACAGCACCUACUGUCCGGAGGAGUUUGACGAAUUCUUUAACCAGAGAAGACGGUGGAUCCCCUCAACUAUCGCCAACCAGCUGGAGCUCAUACGGAAGUGGGGAGGGGGGAAAAUCAAGAGCGACUAUGUCUCCAAGUUCUUCAUUAUGUACCAAGGCUUCCUGCUGUUCUCAUCCAUGAUUGGCCCUUCGACUGUAAUUCUGAUUAUGGCUGCCGGUCUGGAGCUGGUUGUAGGCAGUAUUGGAGGCGGAGGAAUCAUCCCAACAGUUGUUGUGUUCUCCCUGAUCUUCCUGGGGUACGGCGUGCUGUGUCUUUACGCCAAACAGGACACACAGCUCAAGUGGGCGAAGGUGCUGACGAUGGUGUUUAUGAUAGUGAUGGUGAUGGUGCUGAUAGGUCAGGCUCGGGAGAUGGUCAUAGCCUUCCAGAGUCUUAACGACAGACUCACCCAGCAGAACGCUAACCACCUCACAGACGCUGAGAAAAGUUGUCUUGACUGCCGUGUUACUGGCUGUGGUGACUGUAAAACGUUGACCUGCGACGGGCCGAUCAACUGGUCCAAGAACAAUGUUUCAACAUGGCUGAUGGAAUGUUUUGGCCCAAAAGACCAGUUUCACAACAUAUCUCGUCACUUUACACAGUACAGUGGCUACCAGUUGUCUCUGUUUGAUGAACCGGUGUUCUGUGCCAAGUUCGCGGUGCAAAAUGGAGACCCCGACAAGGAAAGGAACUGUAAACUCAUCUUAAGAGAGUUUCUUAAGCUCAAAGACGAAAACGUUCCAGUAACGAGUACGCCACCGACGACACCCCUGCAGCAGCUGCCUCUGCCGGUGAGCGUUAUCUACUUCCUCAGCCUCGCGGGUCUGUUCGUCAUCACGGCGCUGCUGCAUCCGUCAGAGUUCCUCAAACUUCUCUACGGGUUCGUGUACCUGCUGAGUCUGCCGUCUGGAUACAUCCUGUUGACCAUCUACAGCGUCUGCAACAUGACCGACAGGUCCUGGGGUACGAGAGAAAUAAAGGUACCAGGUGUGGCCGUUGGAGGUAAAAGUGUCACCGAGAUGAUCUCAAACUUAUGCAGAACUCUGUGCAGCUGUUGCCGGCGAGAAGAAAGCAAGCAGCCGCCGGUAGAGAAGAUUUCAAAGGAUGAAGAAGAGACUGACGCGGACGAGAGCGAAGCAGAGGGCGAAGCAGAGGGCGAGGGCACUGAGAACCAAGCGUUGUUAGGUGUUAUGAAACCCGCACCUGCUAAUAAAAGCAGUUUGUGGGGCGGGUCUGGCAAAGACUCGGUCAGAAAGCAGAGGUCAUCACGACGGCAUCAUCUGCUCAUGAGAACGUGCAGUGUGCAGUCUCAGCACGAAGUGAACGAUUUUCUUCCAAGCCAAUGGCCAGUCGAACUAAGACAAAAGUACGAGAAAACGUUCAAACUACACGGGUAUGAGAACACUUCAUUCAUCUCUGGGAUGACAAACAAGGAUCUCCAGGCUAUUGGCAUCAAAAAUAAGUUCCAUCAAGAUAUUCUCAUGAAGGAAAUCAAGAAACUGCCUGAGUAUGAGCUCGAUGAUACCGUCCCGGAAAACUGUCGUCAAUGGUUAGAGUCUAUUGACAUGGAACAGUACGUCAGCAGCUUUGAGAACUACGGCAUCAUAUCCAAGAACGACCUGGCCAGUCUCAAGACUAUGGAUGUUGAAGAUCUCCUGAAAGAACUGAACAUAACGAAACUCGCUCAUCUCAAGAGGAUCACUGAUGCUAUCAAGAAAAUGAAGAGCCCUGAAGAAACUGGGAGAAGAAUAAACCAGGUGAAAAAUAUCAUGAAGAAGGUGAAGACCAUCAUCAUGCAGUACGACAGCACGAGGUCACUUGAGUUCAAAUUCUGGGAUAAGUUACGUCAGGAAUGUCUGGACCCGGAAAUAUCCCUCUUCAGUACUGAUACAGAUAUAAGAACCCAGCUUGUACAGUUACGUAACUCCUGGAUCCGUGUCCUGUUGGUGAUGAACGUCAUGUGGAUGACGCUCAUCGUGUCUCUGACGUACGUGAAAGAGCUCCAAUUCUGGGAAUCCAACCCGCUGAGUCUGUGGUCUCUUAUUGUGUUCGGGGUCCUACAGCUGAUUCAGUUCCUGACGAUGUUGUAUCACCGGAUCCGGACUUUACUUCACUACCUGGCCCGGUUACCGUACCCAGCGUCCUGUUGCGGUACCAUACAGACCAAAGCAGCCGGAAAUGGCAAGGCCGACGUCAUAGAGAUGGGACAUCAUGAUCCGGAGGCUCACUUACCCCCAAGACCACCAUCAUCCUUCUUUGGAAGUUUGCGAAUUCAAAUGAAUGGUCCGUCUCGUCUUUGGCAAAUGGGUCGGGCAAACCCGGUGUAUGAGGAGGAGUAAAUAAACGAAAACGAGAACUACAAGGACUGCGAUAACAAAGAGACUGCUGGGCUAAAUCGCACAACAUAAAUUCACCACAGUAUAUGGUUAGUCUCUACCAGGCUAACUACGCUGGUUAUAUAUAGGAGAAUAUUUGCCAGGGGAGUUUGGCCGC